GGCCCCAGAAAGAAAGCCGCCAAGAAGGCGACAGCGGCCGAGGACAAGGAGGCCAAGAAGGCAGAGGCCGAGGGUGACGAGAAGGCCAAGCAGGCCGAGAACGACCAGCAGGGGCCCGCAAAGAAAGCCAACAGGGCAAGAGCGGCCGAGGACAAGCAGGAAGCGGACUUCCGGGAGUGCUUCGCGAUUCUCAACUCUGCGAAUCUCGUCGAGUUUUUUCCGCCAACCCUGGAGGAGUUCCUGGAGUCUGGGAGAAA